AUGGUCGGUAGAGACAUGUCGUUCCCUGAAGACUUCCUCUUUGGUGCGGCAACAGCUUCUUACCAGGUAGAGGGAGCCUGGGAUAAGGAUGGCAAAGGAGAGAAUAUAUGGGACCGCAUAACACACGAAAAACCUAAUGUUAUACAGGAUGGGAGCAACGGUGAUGUUGCAUGUGAUUCGUAUCAUCGGUACAAGGAAGAUAUUAAAGCACUCAAGGAACUCGGGGCAAAGAUGUAUCGCUUCUCCAUCUCAUGGUCAAGGAUACUUCCAAAUGGAACAAUAACUUCAAUCAACCAAAAAGGAAUUGAUUAUUACAGAAAACUUAUAGCCGAACUUUUGGAGAACGACAUCCAGCCAAUGGUGACCAUGUACCACUGGGACCUCCCGACUCCUUUGCAAGACAUAGGUGGAUGGACAAAUCCUGCAAUUAUUGAAUAUUUUGUGGAUUAUGCGAGGAUACUUUUAACACACCUGGGAGACAAGGUAAAAUGGUGGCUUACGUUUAAUGAACCGACCCACGUUGCCAGAGGCUACUUCCAGCCAAAUUUCAUGGCUCCACAGCUGCUGCUUCACCACUUGGGUGCCGGCUAUAUGGUCACGGCCAAUAUCCUCAAGGCACACGCCCUCGUGUAUCACAUGUACGACAAAGAGUUUCGUCACAGCCAACAAGGUAAAAUCAGUCUAACGCUGCACAGCUUCUGGUACGAGCCCAUGUCCGACAGUGAAGAGGACAUAAAGGCGGCCAACACUGCCAUUAACUUUGACUUUGGAAUCUUUGCUCAUCCAAUUCUAGGAAAAGAUGGAGAUUUUCCAGCAGUUGUCAAGGAAAGGGUCGAAGUUGUAAGCAAAGAAAUGGGCCUCAAAAGAUCAUUAUUGCCCCCGCUGGAUAAGGAGUGGAUCGCUCGAAUUAAAGGCACGGCAGACUUCCUGGGCGUUAACCACUACACGACGCGCCUCUGCACGCCGGGCCCUGGCGGUGUCAACAUACCUGACUCCGGGGUCAGCUUGCACAUCGACCCAGCCUGGCCUAUCGCUGCCUCAGCUUACUUAAAGGUUGUGCCCUGGGGAUUUCGCAAAAUCUUGCGAUGGAUAAAAGAUGAAUAUGGGAAUCCACCUGUGAUCGUGACAGAAAACGGCUUCUCCGACAGAGGAACAUUGAAUGAUAUCGACAGAAUAAAUUAUUAUAGAAGUUACCUGCGAGAGCUGUCUACAGCUAUUAAUGAAGAUAACUGCAAUAUCUUUGGAUAUUUGGUGUGGAGCUUGAUGGACAAUUUUGAGUGGAUUCGAGGAUACACGGAGAAGUUCGGAUUAUUCCACGUUGACUUUAAUAAGCCAGAUCGACCUCGAACACCGAAGGACUCCGUAAACUUCAUAAAGAAUGUUUUCAAAACCCGCAAGUUACCAAGAGAUUAAUGAAAAAGAUUUCCACUUAGGUGUUUAUUCUUUUGAGCCCUGUCAUUCAACAAAGACCACUCAUGGGAUGAAUGGUGUCCUUUUAUGAAGCUAUAUGUGAAGAACUUUUACUGAAUAUGUCAAGGAAGUUUUGUUGUUAAAAUUUUUAAGAGAAACAGUGAAGAGUGAGAGACUUGAGAAAUGUGUGUAAUGAACUUUUAAUGAAA